AUGGGAAUUCGAGGGAUUCCACUAGCCUGUGGCCGAGGGUUCUACAAAUCUUCCUCUCAAGAUCUUCAGUGCUCUCGUUGCCCAACUCACAGUUUUUCUGAUAAAGAAGGUUCUUCAAGAUGUGAAUGUGAGGAUGGGUAUUAUAGGGCUCCAUCUGACCCACCAUAUGUUGCGUGCACAAGGCCUCCAUCUGCACCACAGAACCUCAUUUUCAACAUCAAUCAAACCACAGUAAGUUUGGAAUGGAGUCCUCCUGCAGACAAUGGGGGAAGAAACGAUGUGACCUACAGAAUAUUGUGUAAGCGGUGCAGUUGGGAGCAGGGCGAGUGUGUUCCUUGUGGGAGUAACAUUGGAUACAUGCCCCAGCAGACUGGAUUAGAGGACAACUACGUCACCGUCAUGGACCUGCUAGCCCACGCGAAUUACACUUUUGAAGUUGAAGCUGUAAAUGGAGUUUCUGACUUAAGCCGAUCCCAGAGGCUCUUUGCCGCUGUCAGUAUCACCACUGGUCAAGCAGCUCCCUCGCAAGUGAGCGGAGUCAUGAAGGAGCGAGUGCUACAGCGGAGUGUGGAGCUUUCCUGGCAGGAGCCAGAGCAUCCCAAUGGAGUCAUCACCGAAUAUGAAAUCAAGUAUUACGAGAAAGAUCAAAGGGAACGUACCUACUCGACAGUAAAAACCAAGUCCACUUCAGCCUCCAUUAAUAACCUGAAGCCAGGAACAGUGUAUGUUUUCCAGAUUCGGGCUUUUACUGCCGCUGGGUAUGGAAACUACAGCCCCAGACUUGAUGUGGCUACGCUAGAGGAAGCUACAGGUAAAAUGUUUGAAGCCACAGCCGUCUCCAGUGAGCAGAACCCCGUCAUUAUCAUCGCUGUGGUCGCCGUUGCGGGGACCAUCAUCCUGGUGUUCAUGGUCUUCGGCUUCAUCAUCGGAAGAAGGCACUGUGGAUAUAGCAAAGCUGACCAAGAAGGGGAUGAAGAGCUUUACUUUCAUUUUAAAUUUCCAGGCACCAAAACCUACAUUGACCCUGAAACCUAUGAGGACCCAAAUAGAGCUGUCCAUCAAUUCGCCAAGGAGCUAGAUGCCUCCUGUAUUAAAAUUGAGCGUGUGAUUGGUGCAGGAGAAUUUGGAGAAGUGUGCAGUGGACGUUUGAAACUUCCAGGGAAAAGAGAUGUUGCUGUGGCCAUAAAAACCCUGAAAGUCGGGUACACGGAAAAACAAAGGAGGGACUUCCUGUGCGAAGCAAGCAUCAUGGGGCAGUUUGACCACCCAAAUGUUGUCCAUUUGGAGGGGGUUGUUACAAGAGGGAAACCUGUCAUGAUUGUAAUAGAAUUCAUGGAAAAUGGAUCUCUAGAUGCAUUUCUCAGGAAACACGACGGGCAAUUUACAGUCAUUCAGUUAGUGGGAAUGCUGAGAGGAAUUGCUGCUGGAAUGAGAUAUUUGGCCGACAUGGGAUACGUUCACAGGGACCUUGCAGCUCGCAAUAUUCUUGUCAACAGCAAUCUUGUCUGUAAAGUGUCAGAUUUUGGCCUUUCCCGGGUUAUAGAGGACGAUCCAGAAGCUGUCUAUACAACAACUGGUGGGAAAAUUCCAGUAAGGUGGACAGCACCCGAAGCCAUCCAGUACCGGAAGUUCACAUCAGCCAGUGAUGUAUGGAGCUAUGGAAUAGUCAUGUGGGAAGUUAUGUCUUACGGAGAGAGACCUUAUUGGGACAUGUCAAAUCAAGAUGUUAUAAAAGCGAUAGAAGAAGGCUAUCGCUUGCCGGCGCCCAUGGACUGCCCCGCGGGCCUGCACCAGCUCAUGCUGGACUGCUGGCAGAAGGAACGCUCCGAAAGGCCCAAGUUCGAGCAGAUAGUUGGAAUUCUGGACAAAAUGAUUCGAAACCCAAGUAGUCUGAAAACACCCUUGGGAACCUGCAGUAGGCCAAUAAGCCCUCUUCUGGAUCAAAACACUCCCGACUUCACUACAUUUUGCUCAGUUGGAGAAUGGCUACAAGCUAUUAAAAUGGAAAGAUAUAAAGAUAACUUCACAGCAGCUGGCUACAACUCCCUUGAAUCAGUUGCCAGAAUGACAAUUGAGGAUGUGAUGAGUUUAGGGAUCACACUGGUUGGCCAUCAAAAGAAAAUCAUGAGCAGCAUUCAGACUAUGAGAGCACAAAUGCUACAUUUACAUGGAACUGGAAUCCAAGUGUGAUGAGCGUUUCUCCCUUCUGAGGGAGAGUGGACUGUGAGAGAACAGUGCUGGCCUUCAGUAUGUGCGUAGAAUGCUGCUAGAAGACAGUUGAUGUCCUGGGUCCUUCCUACAGUGAAGAGAAGAUUUAAGAAGCACCUAUAGACUUGAACUCCUAAGUGCCACCAGAAUAUAUAAAAAGGGAAUUUAGGAUCCACCACUGGUGGCCAGGAAAACAGCAGUGACAAUAAACAAAGUACUACCUGAAACAUCCAAACACCUUGAGCUCUCUAACCUCCUUUUUAUCUUAUAGACUUUUUAAAA